AUGCGGGUGGCCAAGUGGCUGACGGGGCUGCUCUACCAGCUCUCGCUCUUCCUCACCCGAUCUUGGGAGAUCCACUUUCACCCGAGGCAAGAAGCCCUGGUGAGGUCACUGCCCUCCUACGAAGUGGUGACCCCCGUUCGGGUCGAUGAGUUCGGAGAAGUGUUACCACAGAGCCAACACUUCAGUCGGAGGAAGCGCAGCUCGGAGGCGCUGGAGCCCUCGCCCUGGAGGACCCACUAUCGCUUCAGCGCCUAUGGGCAACUCUUCCAUCUGAACCUGAGUGCGGACUCGGCCUUCCUGGCCGCGGGUUACCAGGUGGUGAACUUGGGAGUCCCCGCAGGCGGGGCAGAGGAGAGCGACAAGGCGCCCCUGGAGCUGCGCCACUGCUUCUACAGUGGCCAGGUCAACGCCAGGGAGGAUCACACUGCAGUCUUCAGUCUCUGUGGAGGCCUGAUGGGAACAUUUAAAGUGCAUGAUGGCGAAUAUUUCUUAGAACCUAUAAUGAAGGCAGAUGGGAGCGAACAUGAAGACGGUCACAACAGGCCUCAUCUUAUUUACAGACAGAAAUUAAAGAAGAACCAAUCUCAGCCGUCUGACAACCCUUGUGAUGUUUCAGAGAUUGAAAUCAAGAAAACCACUGCCCUCUCUCAUAACUAUAGCAACAUGAAUGAAGAUCUUGAUUUCAAGAAGGAAAAGGAUUUUCAAUCCCAUUCACAAAACGUAUCGUUGGGAGAUGAAAGGAGUGAAUUACAUUCCAGGAGGAAACGCUUUGUAUCCUACCCACGCUAUGUGGAAGUUAUGGUCACGGCGGAUGCUAAGAUGGUUCGCUAUCAUGGGCAGAAUUUAGAGCACUACAUCCUAACGCUCAUGUCAAUUGUUGCAGCAAUCUACAAGGACUCAAGUAUUGGGAAUCUUAUAAAUAUAGUCAUUGUAAAAUUAGUUGUAAUCCACAACGAGCAGGAAGGACCAGUGAUCAAUUUCAAUGCAGGUUCCACCUUACGAAACUUUUGUUCGUGGCAACAAACUCUGAACGUUCUCGAUGAUGCACACCCUUCCCACCAUGAUACCGCUGUCCUUAUCACGAGGGAAGACAUUUGUGCAGCCAAAGAGAAAUGUGACACAUUAGGUUUAGCAGAAUUAGGUACCAUGUGUGAUCCCUCGCGGAGCUGCUCUAUCACUGAGGAGAAUGGGCUCAGUGCCGCCUUCACUGUGGCUCACGAGCUUGGGCACGUGUUCAGUGCUCCCCAUGAUGAUAGUUUUAAAUGUAAAGAAGCUGGAAUUAUCGAUCAGUAUCAUGUAAUGGCCCCAAGUUUAACUUACCACUCGAGUCCUUGGACCUGGUCAAAAUGCAGUGAGAAAUAUAUCACUGGGUUCCUAGACACGGGUUAUGGGGACUGCCUCCUCGACAAGCCAAGUGGAAGAUUCUACGAUUUGUCUCUACAACUUCCUGGAUUAACGUAUGAUGUAAAUAAGCAGUGUGAACUUAUGUUUGGUCCUGGGUCACAAGCGUGUCCUUAUUUGAAACAGUGCCGGCGACUCUGGUGCACAAGUGCAGAAGGAGUUCACAGUGGUUGCCUUACUCAACACAUGCCACUGGCAGAUGGAACACUCUGUGGUCCUGGGAUGCAUUGCUUCCAUGGAUUGUGUGUAAACAAGGAAAUGGAAACACGUCCUGUAGAUGGUGAAUGGGGACCAUGGGGACCUUAUAGUUCUUGUUCAAGAACAUGUGGAGGUGGAAUCAAAAGCACAACCAGGCUCUGUAAUCACCCUGAGCCAAGAAACGGAGGAAAGUACUGUGUGGGCCGCAGGAUGAAAUUUCGGUCAUGUAAUACUGAUUCCUGUCCAAAAGGCAAGGCAGACUUCCGAGGGCAGCAGUGCUCCGAUUUUGAUGGUAAACACUUCAACUUCAAUGGUCUUCCCCCCAACGUGCGCUGGCUUCCAAAGUAUAGCGGGAUUGCCCUAAAGGAUCGCUGUAAACUCUAUUGUCGGGUUGCUGGCACCACUAACUUCUACCAGCUGAAGGAUAAGGUUGCUGAUGGGACUCCGUGUGGAAAUGAAACAAAUGACAUCUGUGUUCAAGGCCUGUGUCGGCAAGCGGGCUGUGAUCAUGUGCUGAACUCCAAGGCCAGGAGAGACAAAUGUGGCGUGUGCGGUGGAGAUAAUUCUUCCUGCAGGACUGUGACAGGCGUCUUCAACAGUGCUCAUUAUGGUUAUAAUGUUGUAGUAAAGAUUCCCAUUGGAGCGACAAACAUCGACAUUCUUCAGCACAGCUACUCUGGGAAACCAGAAGACGAUAAUUACCUGGCACUAUCAGACAGUCAAGGGAAUUUUCUUUUGAAUGGAAAUUUUGUUGUAAGUAUGGACAAAAAAGAGAUCAGCAUACAAGGAGCUAUUUUUGAAUACAGCGGUUCAAACCACACAACUGAGAGACUGAAUAGCACUGAUCGCCUGGAAGAGGAACUUGUGUUGCAGGUUUUGUGUGUAGGUAACUUAUACAACCCAGAUGUACAUUACUCCUUCAACAUCCCUAUGGAAGGGAUAAGUGAGCAGUUCACGUGGGAUCCGUAUGGGCCAUGGCAAGACUGUACCAAAAUGUGUCAAGGUCUUCACAGAAGAAAAAUUACUUGUGUACGUAUGAGCGAUCAUAUGCAAGUGUCUGAUCAAAGAUGUGAACAUUUACCUCUCCCUUCGUAUGUGACUGAAAAGUGCAAUACGGAUUGUGAACUAAGCUACUGUUGCUCCAGAAGUUGUGGACGAGGUGAAAGGUCUCGAGACUCUUACUGUAUAAAUCAUUUUGGCCAUCGUCUUGCAGAUCGAGAAUGCCAAGCACUUCCCCGAGCGAUAAUAGAGAGUUGUAAUGACUUUUCCUGUCCCAGUUGGGCUACUAGUGAGUGGAGUGAGUGCCUCACUACCUGUGGACCAGGAACAAAGCAGCGGCAGGUGUGGUGUCAACUAAAUGAAGAUCCAUUGAAUGAUGGCUUCUGUGAUCCAGGUGUCAAACCUGAAUCUCUGCAACCUUGUGAGCUUCGUAAAUGUGCUUCCUGGCAAGUAGGCCCGUGGACUUCUUGCACAGCCACGUGUGGACCCGGCUUUCAGCGGCGAGCUGUGAAAUGUGUCAGUGAGUUCAUUAGUGCAGUGUUAGAUGACAGAGAGUGCAGUGAGGCCAGUCGCCCCAGUGACAGACAGGACUGUAUAUCGGUACCAUGCCCGAUUAUUCCUAACCUUGGGGCCACUUCAUCGCCUGCUCUUCCUGUGGAAAAGGUGGCACAGUGGCGACAUGGUUCUUGGACCCCAUGCUCUGUGUCUUGUGGAAGAGGCAAUCAAGCUCGCUACGUCAGCUGCCGUGAUGCGCAUGACGGGAUCUCAGCCGAAUCGUAUUGUGCCCAUUUACCACGCCCUCCGGAAACAGCUGUCUGCUUUAGCCCUUGUGGAGAGUGGCAAGCAGGUAGCUGGUCACCUUGCUCAGCAACCUGUGGCAAUGGAAAAACAACUCGACACGUCUUAUGUGUCAACUACCACCAGGCAAUUAAUGAGGAUUACUGUGACCCCGAAGUUCGCCCUGUUACAGAACAAGAAUGUAACCUAGCAGCCUGCCCACCUGUGUACCAUCACUCUCCUGGCUCCGCUGAGCAGCCCAGCCACCCUCCAGACAGGAGUUCUCCAUUAACUCACGAACCAGAGGAUCUUCCAUCUAUCAGAGGAAACCAAUGGAGAACAGGACCGUGGGGAUCAUGCUCUAGUAGUUGUGCUGGAGGUCUUCAACACCGAGUGGUGGUCUGCCAGGAUGAAGAUGGACAGAGUGCCAGUGACUGUCCCGCAGCCUCCAGGCCCCCGGAGUCCAAGCUCUGUGACUCAGGACCUUGUCCCCGGUGGAACUACGGCAGCUGGGGCGAGUGUACACAAACAUGUGGAGGAGGAAUAAAGUCAAGAUUUGUAAUCUGUCAGUUUCCCAAUGGCCAGAUGUCAGAGGAGCAAAACUGUGAAAUCUUAAACAAGCCCCCUAGUGUGGCACCAUGCCAUGUGCAGGCGUGCCCUAAUGAGGUUUCAUGGCACCGGGGACCAUGGAAAUCGUGUUCGGCUUCCUGUGGUAAAGGUAUCAAAUCCCGUGAGGUGCUUUGCAUUGACCAAUUCCAGAGAAAAUUAGAAGACAAGUAUUGUAGUCAUCAACGUAGACCUCGAACUCACAAAGUUUGUAGAUUGGGCAGAUGUCCCUCAUGGAAAGCCAAUAGAUGGAAAGAGUGCUCUGUGACCUGCGGCCCUGGAGUUCAGCACAGGGAUGUGCUCUGCAGGUGGAGGGGCCUUGGUCGGGUGCCUGAAGAAACGUGUGAUCAGCGCAGCCGGCCUUCUUCUGAGAGGCGGUGUUGGCAGCAGGACUGCAUGCAGUACCGGUGGACAGCAGGAGCCUGGCAGGAUUGUGCAGACAACUGUGGAUUUAGUUAUGCACAAAGGAUUACAUAUUGUAUUGGGAUCCGUUCUCCUAAGAAAUUCCUGUCUCAUCAGCUCUGGCCUGUAGGCUACCGAGAAUGCCCUGUGCUACCUUCCCCUCAGAUCUACAAAUGCAAUUUUAGGAGUUGCUUGCAAGUGGCCACUUGGAGAGUUGGAAAGUGGAGCAAGUGUUCCGUGACAUGUGGAGCUGGGAUCAUGGAGAGAAGAGUGGCAUGUAUGACUGAAGGUGGUUGGCCCAGUGAUGUAUGUUUAAAGCGUUUGAAACCACACUCGCAAAAGAAAUGUUAUGACACUGACUGUAAAACAUUUACCAGUUGCAAAGACGUCCAAGUGAAAAAUAGCAUCAAGAAGGAUGGGGAAUAUUACCUUACCAUUCAGGGAAGAAUGAUCAAGAUUUAUUGUGUGGGCAUGCAGUUGGAGAAUCCCGAGGAGUACCUAUCAUUGGUCAAAAGGGAAGAAGACAACUUUUCUGAGGUCUAUAGCUUUAGACUACAAAAUCCAUAUGAAUGCCCUUUUAAUGGAAGUAGGAGGAAAGAUUGCGAAUGUAAGAACGACUACUUGGCUGCUGGAUACACUGUCUUCAGCAAAAUAAGAAUUGAUCUCACUUCUAUGCAAAUUAAAACUACCGACUUCCUUUUUUCCCAGACAGUUUUGGGAAAGGCAGUUCCAUUUGCCACAGCUGGAGACUGCUACAGUGCUGCCAGAUGUCCCCAGGGACAGUUCAGUAUUAAUUUGGCAGGAACAGGGAUGAAGAUCUCCAGCACAGCCAAGUGGCUUGCUCAGGGGAGUUAUGCCUCUGUCAUCAUACACAGAUCCCAGGAUGGAACCAAAGUCUACGGCAGAUGUGGGGGAUUCUGUGGAAAGUGUGUUCCGCAUAUGACCACUGGUCUUCCAAUUCAAAUAACCUGACACGCAGUGAUGGAAGUACGGCCCAAUGAGGGGAUAACUCUGGAACAUGCAGAAAAUUGGUGCUCUUUUCCUCAUCACUCUUUCUUUCCUAGAAUUUCCAUGUCCAAAAUGGAGAAAGUACAUAUGAGGAACUUAAACUUAUGCAUUACGGAAUGGAGUCUCUCCUGUGGCUAAUAGCCACUCAAACUUCACUUGAAAGAACAUAGAUAUUAUACGUCCUACUGAUACAGUUCAGAUAACUUGUUUUAUUUUCCCUUUCUUUUUUCACUGUGGUUUAUGGUGCUUCAGUUACAUGCAAAAUAUGAAAUUUUGUGGGUAUAAUCCAGAAAAAGAUAUGAUAUAUUGGAAUUUGAUUUUUAAAACACUACCUCUAAUUUGAUUGUACUUAGACAAUGAAUUAUUUUUAUAAUGUUAA